AUGAAGGCCUACGCUGUGAUCCUCUCCCUCGCGACCUUGGCUGCCUGCCAGGCUCCCCAGCCGGCCCCGGCACCCGCACCGAACGACACCCCGGCCUGCGCCGAGGCGAAGAUUCUCGCCGGCGGAAUUGCUCUGAACAUCCAGAUUCAGCAACAGGAACAGGCCGGACUCGCGGCCGUCUCUCAGACCCUCCAGGCGAACCCGGUCAACAUGCAGCAGUUCCAGGUCGCCAAGUCCAACCUGCUCUCGUUCGUCAGCGACGGUAUCCAGGUCCGCCAGGCCAACCAGCUCAUUGCCCCCUCGGGCAACGGCGCGGCUCAGGGCCUCGCGGUGGUCGCGAACGCCCAGCUCUCCGAGCUCCAGAAGGUUGCUGGCCUCACAGGCAACCCCCAGCAGGAUAACCCUGUGGUCCAGUCUCUUCAGAUGGAUUUCUCUGGUGGUAUCCAGCAGAACAUGAAGAACCAGCAAGCUGUGAGUUAA